AAGCCGGCUGCUACUCGCAUGUGGUCCUGAGCGUUUCUCAUCUUGAGCAACUUCAGAGAAAAGGACUGCAGUUCCAGGAGGCAGUAACACUGCAAGCUGUAAUAGAUAUAGUUAGAUAGACUCAGUGAGAGUGAAGCAAAGUUCUAGAACGUUAGAGCAGAAUUUGUCAGGCCCAACUAUUUCAAGUAACAUUUGUGGAAAUUGAGGUCCUGAGAUUGAGACGUGACUUAUCAGUAAGUGUGAUUUUGUGGCAGAAAAAAAUCCAGUCAGGCAGAGGUGAGGAGCGAAGUACUAGAGGAGGUGGGAGGUGGCCACAUCUCCCCUCUUUACGUACGUCGGAUUUCAUAUGCUUUUUCGACAAUACUCUUGAAAAACUACCAAUAUUCCAAACACUCAGCGCACAGAUUUCUCCAGCAUUUGCUAGCUUUUCUUGCAGCUUUUCCAUUCACAGUCCCUUCCCUUUAAGUAGUCUUGCCUUCCCUGCCCCGGUCAUCUUUGCAUCCUCAAAUUCAGUUCCGGACACACAGCAAAGUUUUGUAAGGCUCUAGUUUGCUUCUCAGAGGGCAGGUGUCUGCAAUGCCUCCACCCCUCCCUUUUUGUCUUCUUCCUCGCCUCUUGGAACCUGCUUUCCCCUUUAACGGUGAGAUUUGUGUUGUGCUAUCCCGACCCUAUCCUCAAGAACUGCAAAAUGGAGAAGUCCUUGGGAAGGUUCCGAAGGGGUCAUAGAGAAGAAGGCCAGGACCAGAGGAGAGUCCCCGCGCUGCAGAGCAGUGACUUCCCCCAAGGGCGGAGUUCCCGAUCCAUCUAGCCCUCCUUUAUCCUCCCAUCGAGGGAGGAGGCUUGGUCUUCAGCCUGCCCACCCCUCAAUUUACUCGGUAGCCUUCGAGGAAAAGACGCCAGACCUCGGACGUCUCUCUCCACGGGUCCCCACGGGCCCGGGUCGCUGGGGCGGAUCAGUUCUCCGCGCCUUCUGAGGGCGCCCGACAAGGCCACAGGCGAGAUGAACAUUCUGGCGCCGGUGCGGAGGGACCGCGUCCUGGCGGAGCUGCCCCAGUACCUGAGGAAGGAAGCAGCUUUGCACGUGCGCAAAGACUUCCAUCCCCGGGUCACCUGCGCUUGCCAGGAGCACCGGACAGGCACCGUGGGCAGAUUUAAAAUCUCCAAGGUCAUUGUGGUGGGGGACCUGUCAGUGGGGAAGACUUGUCUCAUUAAUAGGUUCUGCAAAGACACUUUUGAUAAGAAUUACAAGGCCACCAUUGGAGUGGACUUUGAGAUGGAACGAUUUGAGGUGUUGGGUGUUCCCUUCAGUCUGCAGCUCUGGGAUACUGCUGGGCAGGAGAGAUUCAAAUGCAUUGCAUCAACCUACUACCGAGGAGCUCAAGCCAUCAUCAUUGUCUUCAGUCUGAAUGAUGUGGCCUCCCUGGAACAUACCAGGCAGUGGCUAGCUGAUGCACUCAAGGAGAACGACCCUUCCAGUGCGCUUCUCUUCCUCGUGGGUUCCAAGAAGGACCUGAGUACUCCUGCUCAGUAUGUGCUAAUGGAGAGAGACGCACUCAAGGUGGCCCAAGAGAUGAAGGCUGAGUACUGGGCAGUCUCAUCUCUCACUGGUGAAAAUGUCCGGGAAUUCUUUUUCCGUGUGGCAGCGCUGACCUUUGAGGCCAACGUGCUGGCUGAGCUGGAGAAAUCGGGGGCCCGGAGCAUUGGGGAUGUUGUCCGCAUCAACAAUGAUGACAACAACCUGUACCUAACUGCCAGCAAGAAGAAGCCUGCAUGUUGCUUUUGAGGGAUGAGGGGUUGCUCAGCCCUGGGGCACUGUGCCGCCUUGACUCCCCCAGACCUCUACCCCUGGACAUUUGCACUGACUGUUAUUACAGACCAAAGAGCUGUCCCUUGGUGGCGGUAUCCCCAGAGGGGUAGUUGGGACCAUGCUAGUCACUUCCUGCCCCUAGGCACUAUACCAAAGACUGGAUGCCCCCUUCCUCCCCGGGAUCUGCAGGGUGCCCAGGAGUGGAGAGAUGGUCCCUGCUGUUUAUGCUCCACCUGCUGGGCCCUUUGGGUAUGAGGGUGCUUAAUGGUCCCAGCCUUACACCGUGCCUUAUGCAUUAAAUUCUCUGUUAUUAGCAGUUUGGGGGUUGGAGUCCUUUGUUGGGGAUGAGGGAUAUGGAAUGGGCAGGGCUGCAGGGCAAUCUCGGAACCGGAUCGCCUCCGGAUCGGAUUCUCCCGCAGGGAUGCUGGCCAUCCCGGCCCUGGGCAGGCUUCAGGCAAGCUGGGCGCUUAGGGACCAGGUUUGGGGGGCUGCACUCUCUUUGGGCAAGAUCUGAAUUGCUGGCUUUGAGAGCCCUUUCCUUUGCUCCCUUCCUCCCAAAUGUGUCCUACUCGGUGCUUAUAGCCAAAUUUCUAUCAUUGGAUAAUAUUUUAUUUUUUUAGCCUCUUCUCACCUUCCCUUUAACAGAUAGUUGUCUGAGAGGAACAACAGAAGUGAUUGGGUUUUGGAUACCUUUGGCCCAGGGAGGGUAGGGCCUGGGCUCUUAUUCAGAAGAUAUCCUAUCUAACAUCUAGCUAUAUUAGGGGUAUAAACAUAACGUUAUGAGUGGUGUCUUUUUACAGUUUAAAACACGAUGAAAAUAAAUUGAAUAAAAAUU